AUGGCUGGCACCGUGGUGUUGGACGAGCACCGCCGGCAGCCUGACCUCCCGGCCUCCAGCUGUGCAGUGGCUGAGCCGACCCGCGACCUCUUAACCCCCAGCGCUGCAGUGGGUCACUGCCGUUCUGUAGGUGGACUCGCAGAGAGCCAUCUCCGAAGUACAAGUGCCAGCCCGGGCGCGCGAAAGGCGACUGGCUUCCAUUGGGUGCGACUGAAUGGCAGUGUCCGCCCUCCCCCUCACCAGUCACCUGAAUACGGUAAUUAUCUACUGAGAGAGCUUCUGUUUGGAAACAUAUUUUUGAAUUUGAGUCUCUUGCAAUAUGUGGUGGGUGUUUUGCAGGAAGACCAGGGAAUUUAUCAGAGCAAAGUUCGAGAGCUGAUCAGCGAUAACCAAUACCGUCUGAUCGUCAAUGUGAAUGACCUGCGCAGGAAAAACGAGAAAAGGGCUAACCGCCUGCUGAGCAAUGCUUUUGAAGAACUAGUUGCCUUCCAGCGGGCCUUAAAGGAUUUUGUGGCCUCCAUUGAUGCUACUUAUGCCAAACAGUAUGAGGAAUUCUACAUUGGAUUGGAGGGCAGCUUUGGCUCCAAGCACGUCUCCCCCCGGACUCUUACUUCCUGCUUCCUCAGCUGUGUAGUCUGUGUGGAGGGCAUUGUCACUAAAUGCUCUCUGGUUCGGCCCAAAGUUGUCCGCAGUGUCCACUACUGUCCUGCUACCAAGAAGACCAUAGAGCGACGUUAUUCUGAUCUCACUACCCUAAUGGCCUUUCCCUCCAGCUCUGUUUACCCCACCAAGGAUGAAGAGAACAAUCCCCUUGAGACAGAAUAUGGCCUUUCUGUCUAUAAGGACCACCAGAUAAUCACCAUUCAGGAGAUGCCAGAGAAAGCCCCAGCUGGCCAGCUUCCCCGCUCUGUGGAUGUUAUUCUGGAUGAUGAUCUCGUAGAUAAAGUGAAGCCUGGUGAUCGAGUCCAGGUGGUGGGGACUUAUCGUUGCCUUCCUGGAAAAAAGGGAGGCUACACCUCAGGGAAUUUCAGGACUGUUCUGAUUGCCUGCAAUGUGAAGCAAAUGAGCAAGGAUGUUCAGCCUUCAUUCUCUGCUGAGGAUAUAGCCAAAAUCAAGAAGUUCAGUAAAACCCGUUCCAAGGUCUGGGCAUCCUUUAACAGGUUUGAGGGUGGGAAUGGCUUUGUAAAAGUUGUGUUUGCAUACAGUGGCUGUCUCUGCCACUGGGUCUAG